CUUACAGAUAGAGUGCCACACUAUAUGUGGGGAUAGAGGACACUGUGAGGGGUUGCUCAUCUAUCGUGCGGGGAAAUAUAGAAAGUGACGUUAUAUGCAGUGCUAACAUAUCAAGUGGUGAUAGUGGCAUGUGCGGAUAUAUAUGAUGGGGUAGAAUAUGUGUGUAGUGAGAGAAUGAAACAUGAAAAUAUACGGCGGAUACAAACAUGUAGGGAUUAACGGUCCACGGAUAAUGCAAUGUAUACACGAUGAUCAUUGCAGAUAUUGUGGGGAUAUAUUGCGAGCGUCCUGCAUGUAGAGGGGAAAGAUAAUAUGUAUGAGUGUAUAUAAUUAGCGAGCAAGGACGCUUUGGUGGGGGAUAUGUGAAGCUGGAACCUAGAAUUUAUAUGGCGAGCCGCAAUGUAUAAUUAAUGAUAGAAUUAACAACGUACAUCGUUCAUGAUGAGUGGGGAGUAUAUGGCGGAAAAUAUUGAUGACCAAGGGUAUAUGUAGCGAGUGAAGGUAGACCGAGUGCGCGAAACUGCAUAUAUACUGAUAUACAUUGAGAACACACACGUGGUGAGAAUGUAUAAAGAUUCACACAUUAAAGAAUAUCCCUCCCCAUAGUCCGCCUAAUGUAUAAGGUGUAAGCGCGUGUUGUUUACAGUUCACUUGCAUUUGUAACACAACCCGAUGUAACUGCUAAAUUACUGCUGCGCCUUGAAGGGGGGGAAGAAUUCGCGAUGUACACUCGAACACGAUAAAGAUUGCUCUGGAAAGUGGCGGUUUCCUCAGAUCAUUCCUUCGUGACUCUCCCGCCUUGUGAAUCAAAUAAUUCUUAUGUCUUUUAUUAGUCAUGAGUCUGUUAUUGUGAUAGAAAAAACACAGCAGCACAUGAAUAUUUGCGAACAUACACAUCCCAGCAAUUAAUUUGUUGCGCAAACUCAUCACUUUGCACGGCUGAUUGUUUUGCUAGAGGGAGGAAAAUGCCUUUAUUAAAGAUUUGGAUCAUGAUUUUUAAAUAGGGCAACGUGUGAAAACUUACAGUGGGUGUAUGCGUGUGUGACCCGGAGCGCGUCUUACGCUGAAAGUCUGGCUCGCUUUAAUCGUGGCUCUGGGAGGGCGUGUGUGUGUGUAUGUGUGUGUAAUGCGAUAGUCUCCGUUUUUAUGCCUUCGCCCUCCUCAUUCGUGUAGAGCAGUCCAAGGGAAGGAAAGAGGCGAGAGAGAGAGAGGGCGAGGGAGAAAGCGCGCAGACUGGAACAGGAGCUCAAAGGCGACAGAUCUUUUUUUAACACAUCCCAAGAAACACUAAAGUGUGGGCCGCACUUAAAAAAAAAGAAGAGCUACUCCCUCUCUCAACUUAGGUCUAUAUUGGCACGGAGCUAAGUUUUAAGGGGGGCUUGCGUGGGCGGGACAUUGUUUGAGGACUCUUACAAAGGUGCAAUCGCCGGUAUCAUCGCCGACCUAACGCCACUCGCCGUAUCUCUCUUCCCCUGUAUUGCCGAGAGAUUUGCUUCUUGUUCGGACCGCGUCUCAUUCAGUGUUACAACAUCUCCAAGGAUGUAACACGGAGGCAGAGAGAGAGAGAGAGACAGGAAACCUUCAAAUCAGCUAACAGAGGAAGUGACACCAACCCAUGCUUAAAGAGAAGAGGGCAUAUUUUUUUCGUUCUGUAAUUGUUUUUGAAGAGAUAUAGAGAGAUUGUAGAGUGGAGUAUCAAGCGUGAUAGAAGCCUCUGUGAGUGAGUGUGUGUUGUGUGAGAGAGAGACACACACACACAGGGACAUCGCACACCUCCUAGUGGGACAAGACACAGCUUGGGAACGCACGGAAUAUAACGGGACUUGAUCACGCCUGGGGUCUGUCUGAAGUGGAAUUUACAAUUAAAAAAAACAACCCAAAGGAACCCUCCGGGGAACGGGCGCGGAGAGAAGAUGUACGGGAGUGCGGGUCCGGCAGCUCUCCUGUGGAUCACUUGCUGUUGUUUUCUCAAACUUGGAGCUGAGCAGAAUGGGAACGAUCCUUGUGGAAAGCAGCUGAAUGCGAGGGAAGCAGGUUACAUCACCUCGCCAGGAUACCCUCAUGACUAUACACCGCACCAGAGGUGUGAGUGGGUCGUCCGAGCCCCCGAGAACCAUCAGAAAAUCCUGCUGAACUUUAACCCCCACUUUGAACUGGAAAAGCAUGACUGCAGGUACGACUACAUUGAAAUCCGGGAUGGAGAUGGGGAGAGUGCGGACCUGCUGGGAAAGCACUGCGGAAACAUCGCUCCCACGUCGAUCAUCUCCUCGGGCUCUGCGCUUUACAUCAAGUUUGUGUCGGAUUAUGCGCAACAGGGAGCAGGAUUCUCGCUGCGUUACGAGAUCUUCCGAACAGGGUCAGAUGAUUGCUCCAAGAAUUUCACGGCUCUCAGUGGUGUGAUCGAGUCUCCCAGUUUUCCCGACAAGUACCCUCACAACCUCUACUGCACUUACAUCAUCCUGGCUCCGCCCAGGUCAGAGGUGACCCUCACCAUGCUGAUCUUUGACCUGGAGUUUGACCCUUUACAGAUAGGGCCAACCGAAUGUAAAUAUGACCAUCUUGCUAUCUGGGAUGGAUUUCCUGAAGUGAGUCCUCUGAUCGGUCGCUAUUGUGGCUCAAAGAUCCCAGCUGUGAUCCGCUCUGAUACUGGUAUCAUGUCGCUGACGUUCCACACAGAUAUGGCUGUGGCGAAAGACGGCUUCUCGGCUGAGUACAACAUCACCACGAAAGAAACUCAGGAUUCCUCCCAGUGCAACAGCCCGCUGGGUAUGGAAUCUGGUCAGAUCAGCAACAUGCAGAUCAAGGCUUCGUCCUCCUAUAUGUCUGGGAACUGGGAAGCAAGCCAAGGUCGACUCAAUCACAACAUCAACGGUUGGACACCAGCCGAAGAUACCACCAAGGAAUGGAUCCAGGUGGACCUGGGGAUUCUAAAGAUCCUGACUGGCAUUGCCACCCAGGGGGCGAUCUCUGUGGAUACAUCCAAAACCUACUAUGUCAGCAGCUACAAGCUGGAUGUGAGCUCCAACGGUGAGGACUGGAUGACCUACCGACAAGGGAAGAACCACAAGUUAUUUGCGGCCAACACGGAUGGUAACGAGGUGGUGUUGAACACGCUGACCCCGCCUGUGGUCGCUCGCUUUGUUCGUAUUAGGCCUCAGGUCUGGACAAACGGCAUUUCCUUGCGUUUUGAAGUCUACGGCUGCCAGAUGACAAAUGCACCUUGCUCCGACAUGCUGGGAAUGAUGUCUGGGUUCAUCCCUGACUCAAUGAUCACCUCCUCCUCCACGCGGGACUAUCACUGGUCAUCAGGCAGUGCCCGGCUCGUUGCCAGCCGCUCCGGAUGGUACCCACGGCAACCUCACCCUGUGUCUGGCACAGAGUGGAUUCAGUUGGCCCUGCUCACCCCCAAGGCCGUCAGUGCCGUCAUCAUCCAGGGGGCACGUGGAGCAUCGUCCGUAGGUGGUGGGAUGGGCGGCGACAAUAAAGCUUUUGUGCGGAAGUUUAAAUUAACCUACAGCAUGAACGGAGUCAACUGGACCUUCGUCAAGGAAUCCGGAGGACAGAGGCACAAGAUGUUUGAAGGGAACAUAAAUUAUGACACUCCCGAGAUUCGACGAUUUGAUCCUGUGCCUGCACGGUUUGUCCGAGUGUAUCCGGAGAGGUGGUCUCCUGCUGGAAUUGGGAUGCGUUUCGAGUUGCAGGGCUGUGAUUUACUGGCAACCACCACGUCUGCUGCCACUGUUGUAUCCACACAGUGGGCUGUUGAGAAUGCCACGGAGGCUCCUUGUGUGGACGAGGCUGACCCUGCAUGUAUGGUCGGCUCCCAUGUUCUCGAAAUCAAUCCCAGCAUCGACGGCUUCAACUGCAGUUUUGGGGACUUACAAGGCAGUGAGCUCUGUGGCUGGUCACCUGACUCUUCAGCCCUGACAAAAUGGACUGUCCACUCUGGGAGUCCAACGACUGAAGACCUGGGGCUCAACUCCCACCACCAUGCAGAUAAAUGGAAUUACCUGCACUUAGAAACCUAUAAGAUGCUGGAAGGGCAGCGAGCCAGGCUCCUUAGUCCCAUGGUGCCGCCCCUGAAUAGACACCGUUGCAUGGUGUUUGGGUAUCAGAUGCACGGUGACAAUGUAGGUACUCUAAGGGUACUGCUGAGGAAGAAAACAGAUGAUGUGAUGCUCUGGUCAUUGAGAGGAGAUCAGGGCGACAAGUGGAAAGAGGGAAGGAUCAUCCUACCAGGAUAUAACAGUGACUAUCAGGUCAUCAUUGAAGGCAUUGUAGGAAAAAAUGCGAGUAGAGAGAUGGCCAUUGAUGACAUUGCCAUCGCAUCUCAUGUCUCGCUUGACCAAUGCAUUCAGCCCAUCAGUGCCUUUCCUGGAAUCCCCACUAGUGAGACACCAACAGGGGGGAGCCCUGCGGGGAGUGAACCCACGGUGGAGUCCGUGUCAGCACAACCCAUACCCAAUUUAUGGUAUUACAUUAUGGCAGGAGGAGGUGCUCUGAUAGUGCUGCUCUGUUUCUCUCUGAGCAUGGUGCUGUACCGCCAACGCUAUGGAUUUGCAGCCAAGAAGAGCCUUCACUCGGUAAACGUCCAUUUCCCCAACGGCUGUGUUACGGGUGUGGAGCCUAGGCUCACUAUAAAAGUGGGAAAGGAAGAUUACAGUUCAAACUGAGAGAACACACUGCUAGGAGUGAGUACCCAUUAAAAUUAAACAAAAAACAAACCGAGAAAGGUUAAUCAUAUUGCCAGCUCUACUUGCACUCUCCACUGCAAUCGCCAUGGGAACACCGCUACUUUUUUUCUCUCUCUACUCAACAUCGCGCUUGUGGAUUAUAAAUAGAAAAGAAAGAAAGUGACGAUCUGAAAUAUCGUGUACAUUUUCCCUUUCUUCCGAGAGAACUGGUUAUGCAAGAUCUCCACAAGUAGCAUGCAAGGCAGACUGGAAGGACAACCCUUCUGUGUUUCUCUGGGAAGGAAUGGCUUUGUGAAGACUUCUGUAAUCUUGGGUGGAAAAGAACCAGCCAUCAUAAUCUAUGAAAAAGUAUUUUUUAAGAAAGCAAGGAAGUGCAUCACAGUUCCCACUGAGGUCAUUUUGUUGUAGGGACAGGCUGAAAUUUUAUUUAAUGACAAUGGGGCAAAGUGGUUGCUUUAAUGCGGGGUAAUUCUAGGCAAUACAUGCUGGGUUCCAUGAUUGUCGAUAUUCAUUAUCUCUGUCUUAAUUUUUCACAAGCCUUUAUAAACUACCUCUUCUAACUUUCUAACAUUAGGAAUUGAUAAAACUGUUUUAUCUGUUGUGCUCUUUUGUUCCCUCCAUCCCUUCAUCCAACACCAUCAUCGCUGGGUAACUAGUCAGGCAAAAACUAGCUGUUUUUCAUGAGAUUGGUUUUACCUACACUCCAAAGCAAUUCACGAUGCUUAUUCAGGGAGUGCGGGAUAUGAUGCAGAUUGGGACAUUGUACUAAAGGCCUGUUCAUAUCUGAUCAAAAGCUUGUAUCUAACUCCCAUAGAUUACAAAAAUAUGUUGCGUGCAAACUUGCAUACAUCUUUGUGCAUCCAAUUGUUUUCUAACCAUGCCUGGUUCUGAUUAUUCUCUCUCCCGUUGUGGGAAUCAUGUAUUUUGACAUUCAUCUCCCAUUAAUACCUGGACAAUUCAGCCUCUGAAAAUCUUCAUGUUUAAAGGAACUGAAAAGUUUGUCUUGAUCUGUGCUGCUUAUUGUUGAAUUCUGACUGGACAAAUGUGUUCAUUGUCCAACCUCCUGCUGCACAAUUGCAACUUUAGCUUAUUCAAACAAUUGAGGUAACCUGCCUUACAAUUUGAUAAUGGAACACUGAGUUAAUAGUCAUAUAGCAUGGAGAUAGGCCCUUCGAGAUGCCCAUCUUUCCUGUUUGGUCCAUAUCCCUUUAAACAUUUCCUAUCCAUGUACCUGUCCAAAUGUCUUUAAAUGCUGUAAGUGUACCUGCCCCUAACACCUCCUUUGGCAUCUCGUUCCAAAUAUCCAUCCCCUUCUGUGUGAAAAAUGUGCCCCUCAGAUCUCCUUUAAAUAUAUCCCUAUGCAGCUUAAACCUUUGUCCUCUAGUUUUAGUCUCAGCCUCUUAUGCUCCAGAACAAACAAUCCAAGCCUAUCCAUUGAAGACAUUGUCAAAUUUGUCUAAAAACGGAGGGCUGCUGGUAGAUAAAGCAUAAGACACAAAUGUUCUUACCUCGGGUGUUGUCUGUGUGGAGUUUGCAUGUUCUCCCUGUUUCUGCCUGGAUUUCCCCUGUACUCGGGCUCCCUCCCACUUCCCAAAGGUUAAUUGGCUGCUGUGAAUUUCCCCUAGUGUAGGGGGCUGGUGGGAGAAUCAGUGGGUAGUUGGUUUGCAUGAGAGAGACUGGGUCAGGGAAAUAACUAAGGGAAUGGGACUGAUGGGAGCACACAGGCCCGAUGGGCUGAAUGGUACCUUUGCUGGAGGAAAAUAGAAAACCUCAAGCUCGUGGCUGGCAGGGGUUGGACAAAUUCCAGUCUCCAGCCAGGAAGUAUGAUUAACAUGAUGACCUGACUUGGGUUUUGCUUGGAGGGGAUAGUAAUUCACAUUUAAUUGCUGCAAAUGUUUAAAAGAAUGCUUCAGAUGUUUGAAAGGAGAUCACUCUUGUGCUUGAUUGUUUUGAAAGGCACGUCUUUGAAAGACGUAGUCAGGCUGAAUUGUGCAAUGUUGAGAAGGCAAAGGAACACACCUGCCCGAAGUACCCCUGCCUUCCAGAACAAACUCAGAACAGGAAGUAAGACAGCUUGUAGAAACAAGGAAUUGCAGAUGCUGGUUUACAAAAAAAGGCGCAAAGUGCUGGAAUAACUCGGUGGGUCUGGCAGCAACCCGCGAGAACAUGGAUGAGUGACUUUUCGGGUCGGGACCCUUCUUCAGACUUGACUUGAAUGCAGCUUCAUGUGUUAGCUUUUGUAGGAGCUGCUGAAGUCCACCUGUAAUAUGAUAUCAUGGUUUCAUCGGAUUAAAAAACCCAGUUUCAAAUGUAGGUCAGUACAAACAGUUGUAGGCCUCAAGAAUCAUAAAAUUAGAGUCAUAAAUUCUAUAGCACAGACCACGGAAAUAACUUUCCUUCACAGCUCCACCUGCCUCAUAUCCCUUGCCCCAGGUUGUAAAUUUGUGUCUGCUGGUCUGCAAACCAUUUCCUAAUGGGAGCAGCUUCCCUCUCUCCAUUUAAAUCAGUUUAAGUUUGUCUAAAUUUCCAUCCAACCUUCAUUGCCCCAACAACAUCAUCAUCAUCAUCGUUGAAAACAUGGUGCCUUACAAUGCUAUGUACGACAGUGAUCACAACUUCUACUGAAGUGUGGAUGGCUGUUGGCUCGCUACAAGCUCAUCCGCCCUUUGACAGGUCUUGUUUUUGGUCCUGCUGGGGGUCCACAGCUCCCUCCUCACCUGGCAAACCAGGUGGAGGAGACGGUUUAGUCGCCGUCUAUCCGACCAUGGAGCAGGUAGCACGGGAUUACAUGGUACCCGCGGCGGGGGGGGGAACUCUCCCCGACCUGAUCUCGUCCAACAACAGGAAAUACAAAAAUGCAAGAAAACAGGAGCAGGCCUAAGAAACCAGGUCCCUUAAGCCUGCCCUACCAUUCAAUGUGAUCAUAACUAACCUUGGCUGGCCUCAACUCUUCCUCUGUGCUGGUCCCCUAUAACCUCAAUCUUUCAAAUAAAUGUCUAUUUCCACCUUCCCUCCACCACUCUCAGGGGCACAGAAUUCCAGAGAAAAUUCUGAGAGAGGAAAUGUCUAUACUUAUCAGUUUUAAAUGACCAGUCUCUUAUUUUGUAACCAUAUCUCUUUGUUGAUGACUCGUAUAUUAGUGAAAACAUUUCAAUAUCUACCCAAUUCAUCGCCCUUGAGAACUUAAAUGUGUGAAUAAGGUAAAUCUUCAUUGGUUUCUUUUAACUACAAAGAAUAUAGACCCAAACAGUCUAACCUCUCUUGAUAGGAUAACCCUCACAUCUCAGGAAUUAACCAAACUUGGUGAAUCGCCCUUGGAUUGCCUCCAAUACCACUAUAUCCUUAUUUAGGAUUGAGGACUAAAAUUAUGCGCAGUAGUCCAAGUGUGACUUUGCCAUCUCCCUGGAUAACCACAACAAAAUAUCCCUAAUCUUAAACUCCAGCCCUUUCAAAGUAAAGGCUGAAAUGCAGUCUGCCUUUUCAGCUGCUGGUUGGACUUUGCGAUUCAUGCAUUAGAACAUGCAUUAGAGAGCGGCACGGUGGCGCAGUGGUAGAGUUGUUGCCUUACAAGACCAGAGACCUUACUACGGAUACUGACUAUACUGAGUUUGUACAUUCUCCCCAUGGCCGCGUGGGUUUUCCCCGGAUCCUCCAGUUUCCUCCCAUAUUCCAAAGACGUCCCAAGUUUGUAGAUUAAUUGGCUUUGGUAAAAAUUGUAAAUCAUCCCUAGUGUGUGGGAUAGUGCUAGUGUACGGGGAUCGUUGGUCGGCGUGGACUUGGUGUGCCAAAGGGCCUGUUUCCACGCUGUAUCUCUUAAAUUUAAAAUUUAAACUUAAACAUUUAGAUGCCUCUGUUCUUCACUCAUCUGCAGUUUCCCUCCAUUUGAUUCCUCUUACAAGUGUAUCCCCUCACACUUCGACAAAUUAAACUCCAUUGGGUAUAUUUUCACCCAGACACUCUGGAGAACAACACAGGCUACCCCAGUCGAAACAAGAAAGCCCAUUCCCUCUUCGGCCAUGCCUGUCCUACCAUUCGAUUUCUGUGUCAAAGUUGAGCCAUGGGGUAUCCAUCGACCCUACAAAAAUUCCAGCAGCCGUUUGUGCAUCAGUGUGAAGCAGAAAGCAAUAAAAGCCUUCUUCAUGAAGUUAAACAAAUUGUAAACAGGUCCUUCGGUCCACCAUGUCCGUACUGACAAUCAUCCCCCCACUUACACUGAUCUCAUUUUAUUCUACACAAAUUCCUGGAAUCAAUUACUCAUCCACAUCCUAGGCCCAGUUCACAGCAGGCAGUUAGCCUACCAUCCUGCACAUCUUUGGGAUGAAAGGGGGAACUGGAACCUCCAGAUGAAACCCAGCCAAGUGAGGGGUGAACAUCCAAACCACACAUGGAUCGUACCUGAGAUCAGGAUUGAUCCCAGGUCUCUGACCCUGGGAGGCAGCAGCCCCACCAGCUGUGUCACAUAGCCACAGUGCCACUUCAAUCUGACCUCCAAUCUAACACCAGCAACAAACCAGAUUAUAAUGACCAUGUCUCUCUCAGUGUUACUCGUUCCCUGCAAGAGUUUUUGUCUCAAUUCCUGUCAAAAACAGCAUCUUCCUCAGGGGCAGUUAGUGAGGAACAUUAACUGCUGGCUCCAUGUGUUCAUAAACAUACACUUACACUGUGCCUUUGACAGGGAAAAAUGUUAUGAGUUACGCAGGAGUAUUAUCAAAGAAACCUUGACGACCAGAUGCUUUGACAGUUUGAUGAGAACUUGGUCAAAGAGGUGGGGAAGAAAAUUCCCCAAUAUUCCCACAGCUGCCAUACAAAGGGAACUAAGCAUUUGCAAGAGUCCGGAGUUUGACAGGCUGAGGAAAGCUAUUUAUUUAACUCCUUCACAUCAGAAAAAUAUGACAGGUCAGGCCAGCAGACAGAUCUGUCACCUGUGAGAGAUUGUUUGAAUGCAGCCCAGGUGGACUGGGGAACUCCCUGCCGUCUCCUCACACAGUUUGGAAAGGAGAAUGAGUUAUUCUGCUUAGGCCAAUCCAUUGUCUGCAGGGUGCACUGCACACAGCACAGUACAAGCAGCCCCUAGGGUAGAACGGGGUUCCAUUCCUGAAAACCAUUCAUAAUCCAAACACUUGGAAAUGAAAUAAAACUGUGUGUGAGAGAGGAACACAGAAACAACUUUAGACUUUAGAGAUGCAGCGUGUAAACAUGCCAUUCAACUUACCGAGUCCAUGCCGACCAGCGAUCACCCCAUAUACUACCACUAUUCUACACACUAGGGACAAUUUACAAUUUACAAUUUACAAAAGCCAAUUAAUUUACAAACCUGUAUGUCUUUGAAAUGUGAGAUGAAACCAGAGAACCUGAAGAAAAUGCAAGCGGUCACAGGGAGAAUGUACAAACUCUGCACAGACAGCACCUAUAGUCAGGAUCCAACCCGGGUCUCUGGCGCUGUAAGGUAGCAACUCUACCGCUGCACCACUGUGCUGCCCAAGCUGGGAUGGGAGAGCAAACAGGCACAGGACACUCAGUGAGUGAGCGAACGAGUCUGCUCAGCCUCUCAGUUCUGCGCGGCUCAACCCAGGCCCGGAUUGUUGUGGCUCGGUGUGAGGGGGGAAAGCGCAUAGAAAUGUCCCAUUUCCCCCAGGUAGAAGAUGCCCUCAGCCCCUGAACAGCCAUAAAUCCAUGCCCUGCCAUCCCUCUGGUCUCCCAAAUGCCCGAUCAUAUGUACAAACUGUCUGUAAGUCUGGUGUCUGUAACCUGGGGAUGACCUGUAUGCUAAUCAACAAACUGAUGUUCUUCCUCAAACCGCCCCACCAGGCACUAGUGCAGGAAAUGCGACAGAUUUAAAUAUGUAAUGGAGGGUGGGGUGGAAGGUUUUCUGCAGUUGUUCAGAGCUCUGGUAAACCUAUUCUGGAGUCAAGUGUCUGGAUCUGGCUCUGGGUUAGAAUAAGGGUAUAGGGAAUUUGGAGUGAUUGCAGCAAAGAUUCAUUAGACUGGUGCCAGAACGGAAAGGUUAAUCUCUAAGGACAGGUUUAGAUCUUUUAUUUAUUUGCAACAGUAUAGAAUUGUAGUGUAGUGCAGCAUGAAAACAGGCUCCAACUCGUCCAUCCCUCAGUCUCUUAAGCUCCAAGGAAUAAAGUCCUAGCCUGCCCAACCUCUCCCUACAACUCAGGCUCACGACCCCUGGCAACAUUUUUGUAUAACUUCUUCACACUCUUUCCAGCUUAAUGAUGUCAUUCCUAUAGCAGGGUAACAAAGACCGGACAUGAUGGUCCCAAGUGCGGCCGUACCAACAUCUCGUACAACCGCAACUCCUGUACGUAGUGCCCGGACUGAUGAAGGUCAACAUGCCAAAUCCCUUCUUCAUCUCCCUUAAUAUCUGUGACGCUAGUAUCAUGGGGGUCUAUAUUUGUACUCCUAGGUUCCUCUGCACAAUCAUAUAUCUGUAUACAGACACACACGCAGGCAUCACUGACAGACACACAGAUGCACACACAUAUAAGCAGAUAUACGCAUCCAUUGACACACAAAGCAACACAUCAUACCACAGGCACAUCACUGACACACACAGACAUAAAUGCACCUGUAGGCAGACAGAACACACAUGUAUGCAUACAGGCACAGCUAGUUAUUUUCGCUGCUUGCAAAGUGCACCCAUUUCGUGCCUUGGCAAUACAGUUCCCCAGCCUUUUGUCACCAGAUGAUGAUGUCACUCUGACUCAGUUUUGACAAGAAGUAAAUGUCAACGUGAAGAUGGUCUUGGGAAAGGCUUGAUUGAAACAGGAUUUUGCCAGCGAUUAACCAGAAGAGGAGUUUGCUCUGUGCUAAUGGUAAUCAUAUACUCCAGGGGAGAGGAAAAGCAAAGAAUUUAAAACGCUUGCAGCUCCGCAUUUUGUCUGUAAUUUUAGUCUGCAGCGAGCAGUGUGACAUUGCCAUCCAUUGACAAAAGGCCGUUAAUGAUUCUGCCUGGCAAUCAAUCACUACUCACAGUAAGUGGAUGAUCCUUCACUCUCGAAUGUGCUUUCUAAAACGGUCUUAAUCCAAAUAUCACAUUUAUUCAUAUUCUCCAUACUUUAACUCAUCAUGUGAUUGCCACAGAAUCAUCAGCAUUAGAUAAGGGAGAUAUUUGUGCAAAUUCAACCUCACCUGCCUGAUAGCUGUGGCUGCACAGUAGCACUCUUUACUUCUGAGUCAGGAGGUUGUGGGUUUGAUCCUGGCCCUUGAGACUUCAGAGUACAGUGUAUUGAUGUUUCCAGGUGUGGAAGGUGCUGAGGAAGUGCUGCGUUGUCAGUAAAGUGACUUUAUUCAAUGAAAUGUUAACACUAAACUAGUGUCUGCUGUCAUGGAGGGGUGUGGAACAUCUACCAUCAGAGUUUUUGGUUCUUCCCAAUGUCCUGACCAACAUUCAGCCCUCAACAACAUUUCUGAACCAGGGCUUCAUCACACCUCGGUCCAUGACAUCCUGCAAUGCACUGUUCCUAUAUUUUGGCCAUGGCUAUAUUAUAAAACAAUAUAAUAUGACUGUAAAGUGACUUGGGAUGUUCUGAGGAUGAGACAGGUACUAUAGAAAUAUAAGAUCUUUCAUCUUCUAAUGCCCUGACCUCUUUUACUUUUUGUUGAGUGCACCUCCCUUGCAACUGAUCCUGAUGCAUGUUUAAUUCACUAAAUUAGUGCUGCACGCAGCGAUUCAGGCAAAUCAGAAGUCACGGUACACUUUGGGCAUCCUUACUUUAAGAGUUAGAUAUUGUGGUUGAUUCUCCUAUAAGAGAUUUAAAAUCGAAUCUGUGUUUAAACAGUCGUGACUGCUUGUGAGAGGGAUUGCUGCUGUGUUUGCAUGCAUUGGCCCAUGCAUUUGCAUGGUAUAUCAAGUCUCCUGAAACUUAAACAUUCACUCAAAUUAAUGCACCCCAAUGCCUGUUUUAGUUCACAAGGACAGUAUCCUAUUUUAUGCCAUUGCCCCUGUUCUAUGAUGUCAUUGUGAUGAUGUCAUAGCCCAGGUGACAUAGUGCUCGUGUAAUGUCAGAAAACUCCAUUGGGGAAUGGUGGGCUCUCAGCUGCGAUAGGGAAUUCAACAUGAUCUGUUCCAACAAACCCUAAAGAGAUUUACAUCACACAAUAUUUCCACUUUUGCCAGAAUCCCAGGCCACGUUUGUACAAUAGACAAGAUUUCUUAAUUGCACCCCAUUGAUAUUCUGCAACAUGCGGCACAUGCUCAGUGGAAAAAAAUACACCCUUCCAAAUGUUCAUGGUGGUUGCUGAGAAAGACAACAAUCAUUCACCAGUGGAGCAAUCAAUCCCCAUCAAUUAGUUUACAGUGCAAAGGUGAUCCCAGUGUGGGUUGGGGGAGUGCUUUAAGGGAUCAACGUUCAAAGCAAUGGGAAAGCACUUGAAUGUGCAGUAAACGUCCAAAUGCUUAAACAUUGAAAAUUAUUUGGUGCUUAAAGAAUGAGUAUGCCAGCUUUACAAUGACAAAUUACUUAAAAUUUGAUACCUGGUUUUCUAAAGAGAUUCUACUCUUAAGAUGACAUUAAGAUAGCCCUUGUGGCUAAAGGGAUCAGGGGGUAUGGAGAGAAAGCAGGUACAGGAUACUGAGUUGGAUGAUCAGCCAUGAUCAUAUUGAAUGGCGGUGCAGGCUGGAAGGGCCGAAUGGCCUACUCCUGCACCUAUUUUCUAUGUUUCUAUGUUAAGAUACACAAUACCUGUAAAUAUCUCUGCUAUUGCAUUCGUUUGGUAAAAUGCAAACACAAGAUAUUGCAGAUGCGGGAAUCUGGAGCAACAAACAACCUGCUGGAGGUCAAUAUUUCAGGUCGAAACCAUGCAUGAGGACUGUCAGUGGAGAGAAGGGAUAGUUGGUGUAAAGAGGUGAGAGGGGAAGGGGGUGAGGCAGGGGCCAGACGUGGUUAAUGGAUAGGGGAGGGGUAAUGUGUAGGUCAAGGCAGGUAGUGGUUGGGGAGAGGUGGAGUUGGGAAACAGAGGCAGAUAAAUGAUGGAUGGAGGCAGACAGAGAAAAGGAGAAAUGAGUCUUCCUACUUUUUUGGUCAUCAUCCAUCAUCCACCUGCUUUUGUCUCCCAACUACACCCAACCCCCUCUUCUACAAGGCCCCAUCUGCCUGUCACCCUUCACGACUCCUUAGUGCGCCAAUUCCCUCUGGCUCCUGUCUCACCACUCUCCAUCUCCAUUUUAGACUGGCUAUUUCCCCUCUCAGCCCUCAUACAAUGACUUUGUCCCGAAACGUUGACUAUUCCUUUGCCCCCACAGAUGCUGCUUGACGCACGGAUUUCCUCCAGCAGAAUGCUUCUUGCAAUUGCGACACUUAAUGUUCAUAGUAAAUGCCUUUCUAUUUUUCACUUUCUUAUCUCAUACAUAUCCAGCAAUUGUCAACUGUCCACCAAUCUUGCCUUAUGGGAUCAUCCUCCAUGUUAAGAGCCAAUCCUGGGGGUCCCUAAUCAGAAUAUUGUCCAAGCACCAUUUCCUCCAUCUUUCUUUCUUGUGCAGAAGGAUGAGGGUCAGGACUGCGUGGUCUACAUGGAACAUCUAGGCAGAAGUAAAUUGGAAGUUUCAGCAACAAACAAUCAGCUGGAGGAACUUAGCAAGUCAACCGGCAUCUGUGGUCAACCAGCCAAUUCGGCUUAAAUACCAUACAUCAAGUUACAGGUUCCCUUCUCAUAUCUCUUUUCAGCAGUGAAACCAUGUCCCAUCUCUGGUAGUCAGACUUGACUGCUGGCAUUUCUAAGCUGCUGCUGUGGUCAAGAUAAAACUUGACAUUUCGCUUGAGAGUUUCCUAAUAUUUCAAACUGACAUCAAUAGGCCAUGGUGGCACAGAUGGUAGAGCCGUUGCCUCAUAGCACCAGAGACCUGGGUUAAUUCCUGAUCUCAGACGCUGUCUGCAUGGAGUUUGCAUGUUCUGCCAGUGACUGUGUGGGUUUCCCAUGUGGGUGCUCCCGUUUCCAUCCACAUCUCAAAGACAUGAGGGUUGGUAGGUUAUUUGGCCAUUGCAACCUGCUCCAAUGAUGCAGUAAGUGGUAAGUGAUGAAAUAUGUGGGAGUUGAUGGGAAUGUUGGGAUAAAUAGGGUAAACUGGUAGGAAAUGGCAUUGUGCAUUAAUUUGGUACCUUCUGUUAUCUCAGGAUGUCCCAUGUCUCAGAUGAGUUUAUUGACAUACACCAGAUGCAAUGAAACUUGUUUAUCUGAAGUUCACAGCAAACAUACAUUAAUACAACAAUAGAUACAAUGAUGAGAACAAAGCAGCAGAGAGGUGCAACGUUGUAGUGCAAAAUCUUACUGGUGCAAAAGAAUAUUAAACUAUAGUUAUGGAAUAACAGAAUGAGGUAUCGAGUUAAGAAUAUGAGAAGGUCACAGCAGCUCCAGGAACAGGAUGUGAACGAGGUAAUUGGUUCAGAUAGACACCAAAUGCUGGAGUAACUCAGCGGGUCAGGCAGCAUCUCUGGAGACAAGAAAUAGGUGAUAUUUUGGGUCAGAAACCUUCUGAAUUCUCUGGUUCAGGUGUUGGAUAGCAGUGGGGAAGAAGCUGUUCUGCUUCUUCAUGUUCACCUUGUACAACCUAUCCACACACUGAUGCUAUAGCCAGGAGGUGGUUCAUUCUUUGGCAUUGCUGGGUUAGCUGAUCAACCUGAACAGGUUACUUUUCUUCAGGUGGUCUUAACAUGUCUUGCCAAGAACAGGAGCAAGUAUUUAUUGAAUAGAGUGGACAUUGUUGGAAAUGCUAACAUUUUUUGACCAUCUUUAAUCCCCCCUGAACUGAGGAAGCAGUUAAGAGUACCCUACAUCAGUGUGUCUGCAGUUCCACAUAGGCCAGACCAGGGAAGGAUAGAUCUCCUUUCUCACAGGUGAAAUGCAUGGAUUUUUAUAUAAAUCCAGUAGUUUUAUGGUCAGAAUUAUGAUUAGCUUCAUUCUCUGAUUGGCGUAAUUAUAUUGUGUACACGGCUACCAUGGUGGGAUUUGAAUCCAUCUCUGACUCAGAAAUCCAGAACUCUGGUUGAACCGCAACACCGUCAUCUGAAGGGCAGCACCACCGAUCCUCUAACACUGACAUGUUGCAGAUCCCAGAGUGGGCAGCUUUUGGCCUAUUUUAGUGUCCACCAAGUGUGUGUUACGUACAGCUGAAUUGGACCACAGCUGGCAUGGAACUAGAUAGAUAGAAGUGUGCAACAUGAUUAUUUUUUUUAAAACAGCAGGUUUUAUGACGGAAUAGCAGAGCAGAGUUAAUUAAAGCUUUAGAUUCAAAUGUCAGACUGCAGCAUUCGAUCUGAAAGGGGCUUACAUUAGGAUGGAGAAAGAGCUGAUUAAAACACCACAGGAGAGCUGACACUCUCAUUAAUUCUGCAGCCCCUAAUUCCAACAUAAGAGCUGUUCGAUCAUUUACAGUUGCCUGGAAUUUACUCUUGACAUUCCCUGCGGAUGAUGUUUAACGCAUUUUUACGAAAUCCCACCUCCUUUUUUUUAACUCAGCUUUAAAUCCAUUUAGUUAACUUUUGCUAAAAGGGAAAUAUGGAAGAAUGUUGUAAGAAUGUGCAAAUCACUUGUCAAAACAGUAAUUUCUGGGCUCUUAACCUUACACUCAAUUCUCACCUCGCACUGUCACUUCCCUCGAGAGUGGGGUGGAGGGAGGGGG